GCUCAGCCGACAUUUUGAAACCGCUAUUAACGUGCUUUCGCUUGACAGACUGAUUUCUAUUUCUAAGCCAGUGUGCGCCCCAAAGAGACAAUUCACAGGUAUCAUUCAUUCGAUUCACCCAUUCAUUCAUUAUUCCUAUGCCAGGUAAUUUUAGGUGCUAAGGAUACGGCGGUGAACAAUACUGACAAGAUCCCGGGGACUGCCUUCAGGUAGCUUCCUUCCUAGCAGGAGAGACAAUAUAGAAAUGAUUUGGCAAUAAUAUGAUGGGUAGGAGAGGCUGGGGGUCUCUGAAUAGGACAGUCAGGGAAGUCUGUCUAGAGUAAGACGCUGGAGCUAAAAGGAUCGGGAGCCAUACCGCCUGGGGGAGCUCUGGAGGAGGAAUUUGCCAGGAAGAAGAACCAGGAAAAGCAAAGCCCCCAAGGCCGGAACAAGGUUGGUUAUUUUGAGGAAUCAAAAGGACAGAGCCGCUGACGCAUGGGGAAUGCAAGUCAGGUGUGGGGCAAGAACUGAGGAGAAGAAACUCAGCCCAGUAACAUAUUUGGUGCCAUGACUCGGGUCACUACUCGCGUCUCUUGCAGGAAAACAGCUGCAAUAUGUGGGCACAGAUUGAGCACUUAAGUGCUGUUAGGGCGCUUGCUGCAAGAAGACUCCCAUAACAGGGUUCCCAAACUUCGCUUCCAGCGAAGGGACACACCUCUCCGCGACCGCGCUCUCACUGGCCAGACCCCUAUUAGCCUGGUGGCGUCAGCUACAGAGGCUCGCCCGCUGCGGAGAGCCCGGGACGGGGCGCAGUGACGAGCAACCUCUCGCGUCUCCUCCGGACCCAAGUACAUUCAGUCCUGAAGAAGUCCAUCCACUCCGUGGCUGUGAUCGGAGCCCCGUUCUCCCGAGGACAGAAAAGAAAAGGAGUAGAAUAUGGUCCUGCUGCUGUAAGAGAAGCUGGGUUGAUGAAAAGGCUCUCCAGUUUGGGCUGCAGCCUAAAAGACUUUGGAGAUUUGAGUUUUACUCCCGUACCCAAAGAUGAUCUCUACAAUAACCUGAUAGUGAAUCCUCGCUCAGUGGGCCUUGCCAACCAGGAACUGGCUGAGGUGGUUAGCAGAGCGGUGUCAAGUGGCUACAGCUGUGUCACAGUGGGAGGAGACCACAGCCUGGCAAUUGGUACCAUUAGUGGCCAUGCCCAACACUGCCCAGACCUUUGUGUGAUCUGGGUUGAUGCCCAUGCUGACAUCAAUACACCUCUCACCACUUCAUCUGGAAAUCUCCAUGGACAGCCAGUUUCAUUUCUCCUCAGAGAACUACAGGACAAGGUACCACAACUCCCAGGAUUUUCCUGGAUCAAACCUUGUAUCUCUUCCCCAAGUAUUGUGUAUAUUGGUCUGAGAGAUGUGGAUCCUCCUGAACAUUUUAUUUUAAAGAAUUAUGAUAUCCAGUAUUUUUCCAUGAGAGAUAUAGAUCGACUUGGUAUCCAGAAGGUAAUGGAACAGACAUUCGAUCUGCUGCUUGGCAAAAGACAAAGACCAAUCCAUUUGAGUUUUGAUAUUGAUGCAUUUGAUCCUACACUGGCUCCAGCCACAGGAACCCCUGUUGUAGGGGGAUUGACCUAUCGAGAAGGCAUGUAUAUUACUGAGGAAGUACACAAUACAGGGUUGCUGUCAGCACUGGAUCUUGUUGAAGUCAAUCCUCGGUUGGCCUCUUCAGAGGAAGAGGCCAAGGCUACCGCGGGCCUGGCAGUGGAUGUCAUUGCUUCAAGUUUUGGUCAGACAAGAGAGGGCGGACACAUUGUCUAUGACCAUCUUCCUACUCCCAGUUCACCAGAUGAAUCAGAAAGUGAAGAACGUGUGAGAAUUUAGGAAAUACUGUGUGCUAGCUAAUACAUAUUUGUCAAACGGGCAUUCCAGAGUUGUGAGGCAUUUGAGGCAACAGAUAGUAACUGGUGGUGUGAGUCAGUAUUGCCUUAAUGAGAACAUUGUGCAUUCUCACAAAGUUUCCUUCCCUUCUCCAUUUUGAUGACCAAUACUAGUACUG